AUGUCCAGACAUGAAGAUUUGUUCUACACGGGGGAGACGAAUGGAUCACAGACAUUACAAUCAAUAACUUGUCCUAUUUGCGGAAGUCUGGGCUUCACUGAAGCGACUCUCAUAACUCACGUCUCGCAGGCUCACUCUUCGCAUUCGCAUGAAGUAGUGUGCCCACUCUGUGCCACUUCGCCAAAUGGUGAUCCGAAUUUUGUGACAGAAGAUUACGCGCGGCACUUAGCCCGUACACACAAUGCUCCACGAGCAAGCUCGAACACUACUUCGGCAACAAGCGAAGAAGAGCGAGCAGCAAACAUCGGCGGAAUUUCGCAGUUUUCCUCAAGACGACGGGGGACAACGACAUCCGGUGCCUCAGGAUCUACAGGUGUGUUCCAUUCUGGACGCGCGAUUCUUCGGAGACGCAACGGCGGGGUUUUAAACUUGACGUCGUCCACAUCAGCUGCGACAACUGUAGGGGGCCAAACGAACACUGGGACAAGCGCGAAUAUUGUGCAGGCUCCACAGACUACUACUGCCAAUGGGGCUGCGCGAGAUAGAGACUCAGUCGUGGAUCCAAUUGCAGAGUUGCUAUCUCAACUGUCGGGUGUACGGCGUGCCGGCGGAGCUGUGUCCCGCAGCAACGCAGAGCACCAAGCAGUACUAAACUCGACAGCCAGUCACUUGCAACAGUUGCAAUGGCAGCUUCAGAUGGAAAGACAGAGCGUGGUAGGAGCACACUCGAGAGACCAUCUGUCUCGGAUACCGAGACGAUCCUAUGGUGCUGGCUCUUAUUCUAGUCAGUCGAGUGCAAAUAAUGCGCAUGGCGGUGCUACAGAUGUGACGCAAUCAGCAGGGACGAGCGUUGCGCCUUCGUUAAUUAAUGUCCCUGCAAGCGCAACACCACUGUUCAAUGUAGAUGUUCUCUCAGACUCCAGAUUCUUAUUGAGAAACUUCAAUAGCGAAAAGCAUUCAUUUACAAAUGAUGAAACAGAACGAACGGAAAGUGGAGACAGUGAUUUGAAAAUACAGACGGAAUCAGAAAGUAGUGACAUUGAAAAACAUGACUUCGUGCAAGACUUGACCUUUUCUCUGCUGCAAAUAGGAUCAGAAGAGCCUUUGGAUUUGGAUGAUUGUGAUCAUUGGCUAUCAGCUGUCGCAAAAUCAGACGGAGAUCACGAAAGACAGAACAACGACGAGAAUCCAGAACAAAAGGAUGAUUGCUGA